UUCCGGGUGAUGUUAUUUUACGUCACCACACGCAGUUUACUUACCAAUUCUUCGGGAAUACUGUAUGUAUCGAAACAGGGGGACCCUCGACGUUCGUUGCUACUGUACUGGGCACUAAAGUGAUUUGUUAAAUCUUCUUGUCUGGGGGGGAGCAGAAAACGGUGUCAAGUGUAAGCUAAUUUAGCUUAGCUUGUUAGCUGCUCGUAAGAGGCACGUUCGUUGCCAAGUCUCAUUAUUAUAAUGUGAAAUGUCAGCCAAAAUGGUCAAAGAAGAGUACGAGGAGGAUGUUUGUGGAGCAGAGGAGGAGCGACGACGUCAACCAGUGGAAGCUUUUGCGAACAAGCCUCAAGUCAAAGCAGAUUUCAAAGAAGCUCUUCGGGUUCCAGACUCUGCCAACAUUAAAGAGGAAGAAGAGCCAGACUCCACCCACGUUAAGGAGGAAGAGCAGGAAGACGAAAUCAGCCCGUUCCCGUUGACUGUCAUCGUGAAGAACGAAGAAGGUGUCACAGACGGCCUUUUAGCUCCACUUUCCGAUAGUGACGACGUAACGUCUCAUUCUUCUUUUGAGGAAGAUGACCACUCUAAAGCCUGCACGGACAACAAACAUUUCAAGUGCUCUCUUUGUGACAAGACCUUUGUAAACAAAUCGUACUUGAAAAUACACGCAAGAGCGCACACCGGAGAAAAACCUUUCGCCUGUUCAAUUUGCGGGAACAGAUUCACCCAGAAAGCCCACUUAAUAGUACACACCAAAACACACACUGGGGAGAAAACGUUUGCCUGCUCAUUUUGCGGUAAAAGUUUCUCUGCCAAAGAGAACUUAACAAGGCACACGAGAAUACACACCAGGGAAAAACCUUUUGUCUGCUCCGUUUGUGGUAGAAGCUUCUCAGCCAAGGAAAAUUUAACAAGGCACACCAGGACGCACACCGGAGAAAAACCUUUCGCCUGCUCCUUGUGUGAUAAAAAAUUCUCUGCCAAGGAAAACUUGACAACGCACACCAGAAUACACACCGGGGAAAAACCUUUUACAUGCUCGUUUUGUGCGAAAAGUUUCUCUACCAAGGAAAAUUUAACUACGCACACGCGGACCCACACCAGAGUCAAACCCUUUUCCUGCUCCGCGUGCGACAAAAGCUUCCUUCUACAAGAAAGUUUAUCAAGACACAUGAGGAAACACACUGGAGAAAAACCAUUCAGCUGCGACGCAUGUGCCAAAUGUUUCUAUGGCAAGCGGGACGUGAAGAGGCACAAGUGUGCUGCCGAAAGGAGCGGCGCUCCAUGAAAUCUCAAAUAAAAGUCGUUAUCUUUCGGCUGUUGUAUAUCUUGGCAACAAUUUCCACCAUUUUUUUUUUAACCUACUUCUAAUGCAUCUUUUUACGGUGGCUCUGAAGUGCAAAACAAAGCGACAAAUCCAAAAACACAACGACAAAUCCAAAAAUGAAAUUACAUUAAAGUGUGUAUGACAGGAUGAAAAAAGGCUUAAAGCUGUAGUUGGAACUAAUUUCUUCACAUGCCAAAUAGGGUCACAAGUAAAGUAAUUAAACAUUGUCCAACAAAUAAAGCAUGAAAAAAUAAUUUAUAUGUUGUAUAUUUGACAAAAUAGUCGCGUUUCCGAAGUUCGAGCCUGAAAGGGGACGAACCCGGAAGUAAUACGUCACACCGGGAACGCGAUGGCACCUCCAUACAUACGGCCGCCAUACAAAGCCCUUCAAACAAUGAUCCAAACAGCGAUAGAUCAAGCGCAAGGGAGGAGAUCCAAGUUUUUGAAGAGUUGGAGGAAGAAGAGGAGAUUGGAAUUUUAUGUUAUUAGCCAGACGCCAGUCAGGAUGCCAACAAUGUGCCUAGACUUCCUGACAUGGAAUGGAUACAAGACCCAUCGAGAUUACAACAUUGGUAAGAUAUAGGCUGUUAUUAUUUUCAUGAUUUGAAGAUGCAGGCAUUUGCACAUAAUUUUAUGGUUUUGUCUAUCUGAUGACAUUGUUAAAAAAAAAAAAAAAUCAGACUUCAUGUUCAUUUUGGCAGAUCCGGCAGCUCUCGUGCAUAUUAAAUAAUAAAACAAAAACGUUGGGGGGGCGGGGGAGGAGAUGAAUCGUUGUUAUAUCUUGACCGAGUGACCCACACGACACCUUUAUUGGCUUUUACAACUUUACUCAUCGUCUUGCCAAGUGACUCUGAACAAUAACGUUUUUCUCUUAGUGAAGGAGUAAGGCACAAACAAUAACACAUCUAAAUGACAUGCGUACACUCUACUGGUCAAUUCCCGUAUUACAACUAAAUAAUAUCCACUAUAUCACAGUCGCCGAUGACUUUCUCCACUUUUUUGAGGCAUCAUUAAGAAAACAAAGUGGCGUCUAAUGGCGUGAGGAAAUGUAGUUUUUUCACACAAGCGAACAGAUUACAAAGCACCAAUUCAGUGUUGUCCCGAGACUACAUUUCCCAUGAUUCACUGCGUGGCCUGCGCGCUCGCUGAUUCGCUGCCAGACAUUAAAAGCAACACUUGUCACCUGUCAGCGGCUCUCGCAAAGCGGCGAAACACAAACUAGAAGGCUAUCUGCAACAUGACCGUGAAUUAUCGCGACGCCGACCCGCUUAUGUGCACAUCCACACCCCUUUCCCGAUUGAUAGUGGAUUAACCCUUUCGGACAAGAUCGUAGAUGACGCACAAUUUAAACACGCUUAACCUAGCGAACGCAACAACAACUAUGAUCGGGGAUAGCCUCGGCUAACGUCGCUAGCUUAUACUGUUCAUUCCACAACAGUUGGCAGCCUCUGCUUUGACAAAGUCAUCAGUCAUCUAUCCAAAAAUCACACUUACUUUUUGGCAAAUCCUUGAUCAUAAGCAGACCGGUUAAGGAAGCAGGCAUCUUCCAAGUGUUUGCAGCAGAGAACACUACUCGAUGAUGGCAUGAAAUUCAUUCGCUUCGUGCGAACGAAAGAUGUCCAUUUACGUGCCCUGCUAUCCUUUGGCCACUCAUACAACUUUUCGUUUGAGUGAGAACAAAACAUGGCCACACACCGCGGUGGCAUCUUACCGAGAAACAAUGCAACAAACAAUACUGUUCUAUGGCGGACUUCCCUCGCACUUCCCGGUGUGACGUAAUUUCCGAAGAUUUCCGAAGAUUGCCGAAGAAAAGCAUUUUCGUUGUCAAGGGCGUUGCUAUGGGUUAAACAAAGAAUCUGGAAG